ACUCAAAAACCCUUUUUAACAAUUAGCAACCAUUCCACGCUCCUAGAGACGCCAUGGCCAUAUGGUGGCGCGGUCUCAGAACGGCGGUUCAGUCUACAUCACCACCAGCGCAACGACCACAGUCAUUAUACUCGCUGUCUUCUCUUUACCAUACGAUCCAAGCCAUCCCUCGCGAGUACACGGGGAGCCGAGUCUCGGCUCGUGAUAGAGCUCAAGGUAGAAUUCCAGCAGUGGUUUUCUCCCAGAACCUGUUCGAUAAAAAUCCCAGCUCAUCAUCAAUCUCAAGAAAGCAGCUGUUGACCACUGAGAGGAAGCAGAUUCACUCUAUUCUCAAGUCCGUAGAACUUCCCUUCUUUUGCUCCACCACCUUCCAGCUCCAGAUCCGCCCCGGGUCCGGGUCAUCGGUCCUCCUUGAUUCCAGAAGAGUUCUACCCAUCAAGAUACAUAGGGAUGAAGAGACCGGAAGUAUACUGAAUUUGGUGUUUGUUUGGGCCGAGGAGGGAACGGAGUUGAAAGUUGAUGUCCCAGUUAUUUUCAAAGGAGAAGAGGAUUGUCCUGGUAUCAAGAAGGGGGGCCAUUUCAAGAGGAUAAGAAAUUCUCUGAAAUUUCUUUGUCCAGCUGAACACAUUCCCACAAAAAUUGAGGUGGACGUGAGCAAUAUAGAUAUUGGAGGGAGGGUCUUAAUGCGUGAUAUUGAGUUUCAUCCUUCAUUGAAGCUUCUGAGUAAGAUUGAGGAAUUGCCUAUUUGUAAGAUUGUGGCAACAAAAUUGGAAAACCCAGAACCGGUGCAAGUAUAGCCACCAGUAUGCAUGUGACAACCUUUGCAGAUUUAGUUUGUCUCGAAAGGUGAAGUGCUAAAAGGAUAAAUCCGUUACUUUUGCUAGGUUAUGGCCUGAUCUGAUGUUUUGGGAUUACCUAAAUCGGUCAAGGACAUUAAUCUUUAGAGAAUAAUUUGACAUGCAUGAACAUCAUUAACAAGUUGGAACUAUGCUUUGAGCCUCUCUUUGUCAGACAGUUUUAAGACAAGAAAAUUGGACACUGAAAUGAUCCAUGUAGUUAAUGUAACAUAAGAAAUUGAGAUGUCUGUUUACUUUAUGUGUCCAUUGAAUACAUAUGAAAAUUCAAUUCCUAUCUUUUUCUUUGA